GCAGAUGCACUCGCAGCACAACGACCCUGCCUGCCUGUCGUUUCUUUCUCUGCUGGGUUUUCUUUUCAGUCCAUCCCUCCAUUCAUUUUCUUCUCUCCUGGCCCGGCGAUUUGUCUGAAGGCCGAGUCGGAGGCUGUUUUCUGUCAGACUGGUGUGUCAUCCAACCGUCUCUUGGCCAUUGACGCCUCCUGAUGCCGCCGGUUGGCUAGGAUAUUUCUGUGAACGACCAGGAGGACAUCCCGCCUGCCAGGGGACAGGGAGGUUGUUACUGGGAAGGCCUAGUGGUGGCUGACCGAAGGGAGGAUUGGGAGGAGGACGGUGGAGAGAGAAUCCUCACUGAACCCCAUCCCCAGUGGUACCCCAGAAUAACCCCCGCCCCUUCCUUCAGUUUUACCACACUUCUCAUUGCAACAGAAAGACCAUCGGAAAGGCAGCAUGUCAUCUCAGACAACAAGGAGGAACACAUACACAAGGACCACCAGCAGUGGCAGCAGCAGGAUGAGUUCCGACGGGGGCAGCCGGCCGGCCAAGGUGGGUUCCCUGGUGGAGGUGAUCGGGAAGGGGCACCGCGGCACCGUGGCGUACAUUGGCGCCACGCUGUUUGCCACAGGCAAGUGGGUUGGGGUGAUCCUAGACGAGGCCAAGGGGAAGAACGACGGCACGGUCCAGGGCAAGAGAUACUUCACCUGCCAAGAGAACCACGGCAUCUUCGUGCGGCAGUCACAGAUUCAGGUGGUCGAUGAUGGAGCAGACACCACCUCACCUGACACCCCUGAGCCGGCCUCCAACCGGGUUCCCAAGCGAGAGAUCCUGGAGACGCCCAAAUCCACUAAACUGCAACGAGGACCAAAGCCCAAAAAGGUGGUGCAUGCUUCUCGAACCUCGACUCCUGCUCCCCGGAAGACCACUACCAGGAGGCCCAAGCCCAGUCGUCCUGCGGGCACCGGGGCCUCCAAGGCAGGGCCCUCUGGGUCAGCAUCAGCCUCGGCUGGAGAAAUAAGCAGCAGCGAGCUCUCCACCCCAGCCCAGACCCCGCUGGGGGCCCCUAUCAUCCCCUCACCUGGAGGGCUCCUCUCCCCUAAUGCAGCUCCUCCCCCGCUCCCGAGCAAGGAGGAGGAGUCCCUCCGAGCCCAGGUGAAGGAUCUAGAGGAGAAGUUAGAGACUCUCAAGAUAAAGAGAGCCGAGGACAAGGCCAAGCUGAAAGAGCUGGAAAAACACAAAAUCCAACUGGAGCAGCUGCAGGAGUGGAAAAACAAGAUGCAGGAACAGCAGAAUGAGCUCACUAAACAACUCAAAGAGGCCAAGAAGGAGGCAAAGGAAGCCCAGGAGGCCAAGGAACACUACAUGGAGGAGAUGGCAGACACGGCAGAUGCUAUAGAGAUGGCCACACUGGACAAGGAGAUGGCUGAGGAGCGUGCUGAGUCUCUGCAACAGGAAGUUGAGUCACUGAAGGAGAGACAAGAGGAGCUCACCAUGGACCUGGAGAUCCUGAAACAUGAAAUAGAAGAGAAAGGUUCAGAUGGAGCUGCCUCCAGUUACCACGUUAGGCAGUUGGAGGAGCAGAACAGCAGGUUGAAGGAAGCUCUAGUCAGGAUGCGUGACCUGUCUGCAUCAGAGAAGCAGGAACAUGUGAAGCUGCAGAAGCAGUCAGAGAAAAAGAGCACAGAGCUGGACAUCCUGAGAGCUCAGAAGGAGAAACUACAGGAGGAGAUGAAACUAGCAGAGAGGACAAUCGAUGAGCUCAAAGAACAGGUGGAUGCUGCUCUGGGCGCUGAGGAAAUGGUGGAGACUCUGACAGAGAGGAAUCUGGAUCUGGAGGAGAAAGUCAGAGAGCUGCGAGAGACUGUCAUUGACCUGGAAGCCAUCAAUGAGAUGAAUGAUGAGCUACAGGAGAACGCCAGAGAGACGGAGCUUGAGCUGAGAGAGAUGCUGGAUCUGGGCGGAGCGAGGGUCAGGGAAGCGGAGAAACGCGUGGAGGCCGCUCAGGAGACCGUAGCUGACUACCAGCAGACCAUUAAGAAGUACCGCGAGUUGACUGCUCACCUGACUGAGGUGAACCGAGAGCUGACCAGCCAGCAAGAAGCCACUGCAGAGCAGCUGCAACAACCUCCUGCCGAGAUGUUUGACUUCAAGAUCAAGUUUGCUGAGACUAAGGCUUACGCCAAGGCCAUUGAGAUGGAGCUGAGGAAGAUGGAGGUCAGCCAGGCCAACAGACAGGUGUCUCUCCUGACUUCCUUCAUGCCAGACUCGUUCCUGCGUCACGGAGGAGACCACGACUGUAUCCUGGUGCUGCUUCUCAUCCCAAGACUCAUCUGCAAGGCAGAGCUGAUCAGUAAACAGGCCCAGGAGAAGUUUGAUCUGAAUGACAGCUGUGUGGAAAGGAGUGGGGUGAGAGGAGCGCUGGGUGAACAGCUGAGCUUCGCUGCAGGACUGGUCUACUCUCUCAGCCUGCUACAAGCUACACUACAUAAAUAUGAACAAUCCCUGAACCAGUGCAGCGUGGAAGUGUAUAAAAAGAUUGGAACGCUGUACCCAGAGAUGAGUGUUCACGAGCGCUCCCUGGACUUCCUGAUUGACCUGCUGCACCGGGACCAGCUGGAUGAGACCGUUCAUGUGGAGCCACUCACCAAGGCCAUUAAAUACUACCAGCACCUGUACAGCAUCCACCUGGCGGAGCAAACAGAAGACUGUACAGUGCAGCUAGCCGACCACAUCAAGUUUACCCAGAGUGCAUUGGACUGUAUGUCAGUAGAGGUGGGUCGUCUGCGUGCUUUCCUCCACACGGGUCAGGAGAAAGCUGACUUGGCCGUGCUGCUGAAGGACCUAGAGACUUCAUGUUCGGACAUCCGACAGUUCUGUAAGAAGAUCCGCCGUCGAAUGCCUGGCACUGACGUACCGGGGAUACCUGCAGCACUCACCUUCCCACAGCAGGUGUCAGACACUCUGCUGGACUGCAGGAAGCACCUUACCUGGCUGGUGGCAGUACUGCAGGAGGUGGCGGCGGCAGGGGCGCAGAUGGUCGCCCCUCUAGGGGAACAGGAGGGUCUCAGUGCCCUAAAACUGGAGGAUGUGGCCUUCAAGGCCGGAGAACAGAUCUACGGAAACCCGGGUUCUAACCCUUACGAGUGCCUGCGCCAGUCCUGCUGCAUCGUCAUUGCAACCAUGAACAAGAUGGCCACCGCCAUGCAGGAGGGGGAGUACGACGCGGAGAGACCCCAGAUAACGACCCCUCCUCCAGUGGAGCUCCGUGCAGCUGCCCUCAGGGCAGAGAUUAGCGACGCAGAGGGCCUGGGGAUGAAGAUCGAGGACAGGGAGACAGUUAUUAAGGAGCUCAAGAAGUCUCUCAAGAUUAAGGGCGAAGAGCUGAGUGAGGCGAGCGUGCGUCUCAGUCUUCUGGAGAAGAAACUGGACAGUUCGUCUAAAGACGCAGAUGAACGUGUGGAGAAGAUCCAGACCAGACUGGAUGAGACACAAACUCUGCUCAAGAAGAAAGAGAAGGAGUUUGAGGAAACCAUGGAUGCGCUGCAGGCUGAUAUUGACCAAUUGGAGUCAGAGAAGGCAGAGCUGAAGCAGCGUCUGAACAGCCAGUCAAAGGUGACCAUCGACGGGCUGCGAGGGGCGCCAUCAUCGGGCAUCGCGUCCACGGUCACAGGGAUGACAGGAGACGAGCAGAAAGCCACUAUAAGCAGUCUUGGUUCAGGGUCAGGCGUCCAGGUCAUCGAUUCUCCUCUGCUGAAGCAGCAGAUUGAAGCUCAGAGACUCAGCAUCAAACACCUGAAAAACGAAAACAACAGGCUGAAGGCUGAGAAGAUGCGUGCCCAGCUAGCUUCUCUGCCCCCCCUCCACGUCCCUAAACUCCCCACCAGAGAUGGCUCUCAGCCGGAGGUGCUCUCUAGCGCCCUCUACCGGAAGACUGACCAGUUGCUGGACACACUGCUGCAGAUGAGUGCCAACGUCAAGGUGGUGGACAUCACUGGCAAGUCCCCAGUGACUCCUAGUGCCCAGCUGUUAGAGCAGACAGCCAGACUCCAGUCUCUUAGCGACACUCUGGAGAGAUUAAAGGAUGAGGUGUCAGAACACGUGGUGACACAGAGACCAGGAGCUAGAGCCUCAUCUGACUUUGCCACGUUCCCCUGUACCUCUUUUGUCAAGGCCAAGGAGGAGAAGAGAGGAGACACAGUGCUGGUGGGAAAGGUGAUGAUGCCAUGUUCUCGUGGUCAGGAGCAGGUCCACCGCCUUGUCCUAUCACAGCCUCAGCUCCACAGAGUGCAUCGCCUCCUGCUUACCUAGGCUCCACCAAUAACACACGCUGCUUACCUAGGCUCCUCCCAUAAGCCCCUCCCCUUUGCUCCUCCCUGUCUGUGUGCAGGGAUUCUACGACAACAAGCGGGAUAUUAUUGUAAAACCAUGGCUGUGUUCGUAUGCACUGCUUGACCUGAGACAGGAGACUAAUAUCAGAUUUGCGCCUUCAUAUCUAUAUUGCUGUAGUUCUGAACUUCCUGUUUCCUAUUGCUCUAUUCUGGCACUUGAAUAUGAAAAGUAGCUCCUGCCACCUGUUUGGGUCCAAGUCAGGUGCUGUUCAUACAUAUAGUACAGUUGUACAUAUGGCUCAGUUGGUAGAGCAUGGCAGUCUGUUACCACAGAAACCCUUACAUAAAACGUGUGUAUGCAUGGCUGUAAGUCGCUUGGGGAACAAAUCUGCUAAGCGUCGUACAUUAUUGGAAAUAUUACAUACACUUAUGACACCAUACACCGUUGCUCUGAUCUGCAGGAUGUAAAGUGGUUGCGUUUAUUUCAAGAUGCAUUCCGGGAUUAUGUGGCACUGUUGAACCAAAAAUGUAUCCCCGAAAUUAUGUACAAACAUGUUCCCCAUGUCAUCUAAACCGAUCACUUUCAAACUUUAUAGCUAACUGAGGUAUGAUAGUGAUUGUACAAACUGAUUAUCCACAUAUAACAAAACAGAUUAUACAUCCUGCCUAAAAUGGGAGGUCUCGAACAAUAGUUCGUUAUCCACAAAUUUACUGGAAUGCAUCUUGUAGACAAACAAACAAUGUCAGUUUCAACAUCAAUGUUCAUUUGUAAGGUUUGCUAAAAUACUUAAUUUGUUAUUAACAAAAUUAUUUUUAGCAGCAGGUUUUAUUUCGAUUAAUUUAUCCAGAGUUAGCAGCGUUAUUAAGCCUAAAUAAAAUUAUUAAUUUGAAAGGCUAGCAACAAGAUGAAUUUUGAUUGAGUUAUGAAAAAGUCAAAUUUAGCAUAGAUUAUAUUGAGCUGGAGUUAGCCACAGGGUCUUUUCAGCCAGAGUUAGGAGCGGGGCGUAUCUAAUCAGAGUUAGCAUCAAGGCUAAUUUACGUCUGUUUUCCUGUAUUGACUGUCUUCAUGAACAUUGCUGUAACUAUUCAUUACUUUCUCCCUGACUAAAUAUGGAGAGAAACUGUCUUUGUGGUCAGGUUGCUGUGUAUUUGUUGAUCAUUCAGCAGUUGAGAAUUAGUCUACUGCAGCAUAACUUCUAGGUGGUUACAAAUGUAAAAAAUAUUACUUUGAAAGGAUUGAAUGAAGUAUGAAUAAAAGGUAAAUAUACA